AUGUCUUCCGCAAGCGCAAGAGGAAACUACAGCCAUCCCUCCCUGGAGGAUGAUGAUUUAAUUGACCCAGAUGAUGUCGACACGUUGCUAACAACAGAAGCUGAUUUGAAUGACUUUGACGACCCCCUUGAAAAUCGGUCUGCGCGGCAGCCUCUCUCAGGAAAUAUCGGCUCCACCUCAUCACGUCCUCUCAAUGAAAGCUACCUCACCUCGUCGAUUCCGGGCGAAGACAGACGAGCGCCACAGAACACUAUAGACGAGACCGUAUGGGAAACAGUACGCCGAGACUUGCUUGCGGUGUGGGCCAAGUUGAGAGAAGUCCUUUACCCUCGAUAUCUUCUGGGCGGCACAAUGUUUGAUUCUGAAGGUGGUUUACGAGGCGCCUACUCUAAUAUCCGCGGGGCAGGCAUCACAGGGACAAGAGAAGAACUCACAGGCCUGGCCAGUCGUAUGAUGGAUGCGGAAGCGCUUUUGCAAAGUAACAUGAGCCCGGGACUUCGUGACUGGGACCUUUGGGGCCCGCUCAUCUUUUGCUUACUUUUGAGUCUAUUGCUUAGCAUUGCGGCCCGAGCUGAGCAAAAGGAUACUGUCUUUAGCGGAGUCUUCGCCAUGAUCUGGCUCGGCGAAGCUGUAGUUACUCUGCAGAUCAAAUUAUUAGGCGGUAACAUCUCCUUUGCUCAGAGUGUCUGCAUCAUUGGCUACACCUUGUUCCCUCUUGUCAUUGCUGGGCUGCUUUCGGCAUUGGGAUUACACUGGAUUCCACGGAUACCCGUGUACAUUGUUUUGGUUGCAUGGUCACUUGCAGCUGGCGUGAGUAUCUUAGGAGGUAGCGGCGUCGUCAAAAACCGAGUUGCCAUUGCGGUAUACCCGCUGUUUAUCUUCUAUCACACCGCUGCCACUACUCAUCCACCCGUCAUGGCCGACGAUGUACAAGGAGCAGGAUUCAGCCCCAAGAAUGAACCCACGCAUGUCGAAACUACCGAAGAUGCUGAGACGCGCGCUACUAGACGGGAGCUUAAGCAGUCAUCCAUCUCUGACCAACCUGGCAAAACAACUGCUACCGAUGACAACCGCCCAGAAACGCCUUCCGUUGGCAUAUCGGAUGAGAAGAUUGAUGAGCUGAAGGAGCAGGUCUCCUCGCCUAAGAAGAAGCGGGCCCAUGACCAGCUAGAUGGGGAGCAAGAUUCGCAAGACAACGACGCUACGAGUGUCACAUCUACUGACUCUGCUAAAGACAGAGCCAUGCGGCUUGAGCCGCAAAAGAAGAGGCAUCGUGAUGGAGAGCCUGUUGAUACAGUGUCGCAUCCUCCAUCAGGCACAGAAGAAGUACAUCAAUCAACUCAAAAUAAUAGCAAAAUGCCUACUCAGCCGACGAAGGAAAGCUCUAGUAGUACAUUUGCGGAGUCGGCAUUUGGCAAACUGGCAUCAAGCUCUUCAGGCUUCGCAGCUUUGGGAUCAUCCCAAGGUGGCGGGUUCGCUUCAAAUAAGCCAACUCUAUCGUCUUUUGCGUCGGUGAAGCCUGUAUCUAGCUCAGAAACAAGCGGGACAAGUGCAAACAAAGGGCAAGCCGGAAAUGCCCCGAAGUUGUCGUUCGCUUCGAAUUCAGGCCUUUCGCCCUUUGCAGGACUCGGCUCAGGUACUAAUGGAGUUGGAAGCAGUAAAUUCGGCUCCGGGUUGUCAGGAAUUAAGCCAUUGGGCAGUUUCGGCGCUGCUGGUACAAAGCCCCUCCAGAGCGAGAAAGCAGCAAAGCCCUUUGGAGCACCGGAAAGCGAUGCGGAUGACGACGAUGAUAAUGAUAACGAGGAAGGGGAUGAUGAGAGUCAACCUGACGAUCAAGAACGAGGCGCAUCGCCGGAGAAAGAUGCAGAUGAGAAGAAACGGCCUAAGCUCCACAAGAUUGCGGUUGAUGAUGGCGAGGCUGGUGAGGUUACUGUUGUGUCUGUACGAGCAAAGAUGUUUUGUCUGGACAAGAAAGAAGGCUGGAAAGAGCGGGGAGCUGGCAUGUUGAAAAUUAAUGUCCCUCAUGCAAGCGUUGAGUUUGACGACGAUGGUGCUGUGAUUCCGGGCAGCUUCGACGCGUCAGGUCUAGAAACAAAUGGUGACUCUGCUGAUAGCGACUCUGCAGGUCCCAAAGUUGCUCGUCUUAUCUUGCGUCAAGACCAAACCCAUCGAGUCAUACUAAACACUGCAAUUCUCCCUGCUAUGGAAUUUCAAGAGAAAGCUUCUUUGAAGUCUGUUGGUAUCCUAUUCACCGCUUUCGAAGGAGCAGAAACGAAACCAGUGAGCAUCACAAUCAGGGUGAGAUCUUUUCAGCUAUACACUUUUUCGGUUGGUGCAGAAGGUACUGAUUGA